UGGUUUCUGAAAAAAUGUACUGUAUAUUUUCAGGGCUGCGUCACAUGACCGGCCGGGGUUAUGAAUAGCCGAGUAUAAUGAUUUCUUCGUGAAUGUUAGGAAAAAACACACACACACUCACAACCGAGGCGAAGGGAGAGACGGACCCACACGCGCCCGGGGACGGACGGACGGACGCAACCAGUUGGGAAAGUUUCCUCCACUCCAGGUGUGACCCCCACCCGUGGCUCCCAGCCGGGAAGGCCCAGCAGACGCCCCGGAUUCUCCGAAGGCAGGAGGAAGGAACGCCGGCGGUGUGUCGGGGUGGGAGGUCAAUCCUGGUGGAGGACACCCCAACUCCACUGCCCGCUGUGUCUUUCAAGGGAGAUGCCUGGGGGCCAUGGCGUGCUCGCCGUGGGGGGCGACUGAUGCCACCAGGAUCCUCGGCCGGUGCUGAAAACAGGUCGGUGCCGGGCAUUGCUCCAUAGCAGACGGACGACCCCCUGCUGGCCCUCCCCCACCAUGGCAGCGAACAAGGAGAGGGUCUGCCCCAGCGGGACCCCGCUGGGUCACAUGAACGGGUUCCCCCCCACCGUUUACCCCUUCGCCUUCUCAAGCAGCAUCCGGGGCUCACCCCCUUUUGAGGUGCUCACCAGUGCAGGCUACUUCCGGGGCUUCCCCACCGACCUGCCCAAGGAGAUGGCGUCUCUGUCCGUGGAGACCCAGAGCACGAGUUCGGAGGAGAUGGUGCCGAGCUCGCCCUCACCACCCCCGCCCCCCCGCGUCUACAAGCCCUGCUUUGUCUGCAACGAUAAGUCCUCUGGCUACCACUACGGCGUCAGCUCCUGCGAAGGCUGCAAGGGAUUCUUUCGCCGAAGCAUCCAGAAAAACAUGGUGUACACCUGCCACCGCGACAAGAACUGCCAGAUCAACAAGGUGACCCGCAACCGCUGCCAGUACUGUCGGCUCCAGAAGUGCUUUGAGGUCGGCAUGUCCAAAGAAGCCGUGCGGAACGACAGGAACAAGAAGAAGAAGGACGUGAAGGAGGAGGUGGUGGUGGACAGCUACGAAAUGACUCCCGAGCUGGAGGAGUUGAUCCAGAAAGUCAGCAAGGCCCACCAGGAGACCUUCCCCUCGCUGUGCCAGCUGGGCAAAUACACCACGAACUCCAGCGCCGAUCACCGGGUUCAGCUGGACCUGGGGCUAUGGGACAAGUUUAGCGAACUGGCCACCAAGUGCAUCAUCAAGAUCGUGGAGUUUGCCAAGCGCCUGCCGGGUUUCACCACCCUCAGCAUCGCCGACCAGAUCACCCUGCUCAAGGCAGCCUGCCUGGACAUCCUGAUGCUGCGGAUCUGUACGCGCUACACACCAGAGCAGGACACCAUGACCUUCUCGGACGGGCUGACCCUGAACCGCACCCAGAUGCACAACGCCGGCUUCGGGCCCCUCACCGACCUGGUGUUCGCCUUCGCUGGGCAACUGCUACCCCUGGAGAUGGAUGACACCGAGACGGGGCUGCUCAGUGCCAUCUGCCUCAUCUGCGGAGAUCGGAUGGACCUGGAGGAGCCAGAGAAGGUGGACAAGCUACAGGAGCCGUUGCUGGAAGCGUUGAAAAUCUACGCCCGCCGUCGCAGACCCAGCAAGCCAUACAUGUUCCCCCGCAUGCUGAUGAAAAUCACCGAUCUGCGAGGCAUCAGCACCAAAGGUGCGGAGCGAGCCAUCACCCUGAAGAUGGAGAUCCCUGGCCCCAUGCCCCCCCUUAUCCGGGAGAUGCUGGAAAACCCCGAAAUGUUCGAGGAUGACUCGUCGCAGCCGCCCCCAUCGGCAGAGCCCCCCAGCUCUGAGGAGAGCCCUGCCGAGAGCAAGAGCCCCGAGGAGACCCCCUAGCACCCUGGGGAGUGGGGGGUGGGGACUGGGAGAAGCCCCAUCCUCAGGCACCCCACCCCCUGUCCAACACCCAGCUGGUUCGAACAAGCCACAGCUGCCUUCAAUCUGCCCCCCAUUCCCGGGGGGGGCAGGCAUGGGCUGGGGGGCAGCUAAUGGAGAUUGUCUGUGUGCUGCCUCAGAGGUGUAGCUCUUGCCUUAACCUUCUCUCGGGGGGGGGGGGGGGCAGUCUGGAGCCUCUUUUUCUCCCCCCCCCAAGCUUUUUUGUUUUCCAAAGUCUGACUCCAAGCCAAAAAAUCUAGUGGGGGCAAGGCCGGGCCAGGGAGCUGCCUGCCUGGGGUGGGGGGCAGAUCCCUGGAAAUGGACCGAGAGGGGUUCAGCGGAGCCCCCCACUCUGUCCCAGCACUGCAAUUGCCCGUCCGGCAGGGGGCGCCCUGGAGCCAGAGAGAGAGACUUGGAAGUGAGCCUGGGCUGGGAUGUCGGGGUGUCGCCCCCCCCCCCCCCACUCUGCAUCCCCAACGAUGCUGCCUCCAGAUUCCCGACUCAUGAUCAGUCAAGACCCUGCCUCCUAAACGGACGUUCCCGGCUGGAACCCAGGCAUCCGGGACAACUGAUGCAGAUCUCUGAAGCGGCGGCUUGCUGGGGAACAGGCGGGGAUCGGAGCAGCCCCCGCCAGCCCGUGGAAAGCCCAGAACACCUGGGCGUGUUGGGAAAGGAGGCUGAGCUGGGGGGGCGCGGGGGACUUUGCCCCAGCAUGGAUGCUGCCCGUCACCCAGUGUCCUGCAGGUUUCGGGGGACGCGGAUCUCAGAGGGGGGCGGCGAGGUCCAAGUUUGGGAGGUUUAUUUUAUUUUAUGUCUUUGUUGUAUAACGUGCUAAUGGUUUGGGAUCACUCCUUGGCGGUGGGGGAUGAGGGGUCACUGUCCCGUCUCCUGGGGGCUCUGCUGGGAUGGGGGGGGCCCCAGAGGCAGGGGGCCGGGGCUGCAGGGCUGUAUCUGGUUUUGCUUUUGAUGCUGUUCAGGUUUGGUAUAGUUGGGGCGUCUUUUGCUCUUGACUCCCCCCCACCCACCCAUAACCUCCAGUUCCAACCCUGCCCCUGUGAUCCCCCACUCCUGAUUCCCUACCCCUAACCCCCCACGUGGCUUCCCAUAGCCUGACUAACCCAUUUCCCCCUAACCUUCCCCUUCAGUCCUGACCCCGCCCCCACAAUCCCCCUCCCCAGCCUCACCCCUUGGUGCUGAUGAUUUUGGGAACACAACACUAGAGACCAAAGAUGCGGGGGGUGUCCAUGGGGGCAGGGAUUGGAGGGCAGGAGCUGGUGGGGUCACAUGGGGACAGGGAGCUGCCACCUUCCCAGGGACUCAGCCCCCCCUACCCCAACAAGGCUGCUUUAUGAUGUAUCCAUGGGGAACAUCCCCCCCAUGCCCCUCGGAAAUGGGCACCAUCGGGCACUGCCAGCUGGGACCCUGCUCCCUGCCGGGGGUGAGGGGAGCACCCUAACCCUUUGCACAGCAGCCUGGAAUGCGGCCCCAGGGGGCAGCACUGGGGGGGGGCCCUUUGCACAUCAUCCCCAGCCGCUUUGGGCCCCAACUGCUCUACAGCACCCCCUAUGGACCAAAGUAGAUAGCACCUCUACCCUGACUCCCCCUAUAAUCCCCCCUAGGGCCAGUGUUGUCCCCAAAACCUCCACUCCAAUCCUUGCCCUGGAGAAAAUAUUGUCACCCACACACACCCAUUCAGAGUCGUCCCCCAGCUGGGCGGGGGCAGGGGGGGAGCGGUGGCGGUUGAAUCUGCCCUCCCCACCCAAUGCACACAGCCCCUGUAGGCUCCCCCUCCCCUCAGCACCCCCAGAUGUAGGGGAAGGAGCCCUGCAGGGUCGCUGAUCUGUUACACUACAAGAUGGGGCGGGGGAAUCGCCCUCUCCUAAGGCCCCUGUUGGUCCUGGGGCUGCAGUUCCAGACUCCUGCAGCAGGGGGCACUGCCACCCUCACAAGCAGGUUCUGCAUCGUGGGGGGAGGGGUUGGCCUCGUAGCAUGGGGGGGGCAAGGGAGGUGCCCAGACUUUGCCACCUUUGCCAGGUGUCCCAUGCCUAUGAGCCCGGCCGGGGUUGGGGGGCCUGCAGGGGCAGGGUGAGCUGUAGCCAUGUGCUGCCCUCUACAGCCCCCAGCCUGACAGCACUUUCCCUGUGUUAUUUAUUGGCCUAUCUUCAUCCUGGGAAAUGGACCCAAUUGCCCCCUACCCCAACAGAGAGUGGGGCAGGGGGAGCCCCGGGGGUCCCGCCCUGGCAUGAGACACAGCCCCAUUCCCCCCCCCGCCCAAAUCUCUGCUGCUCCCUGAUCCUGUUGAGCUGCCAAAAAGAAAUACCCCAGACCUUAAACCAAAGCCAAGGACCCUGUUACAGGGGGGAUCUGGGAGGGGGGCUUUGCACCCCCCCGCACCCCUCGGUCAUGUUUACAGCCAAGCGUUACAUGGUAUUUUAAAAGAAAAGCCCCUUUCCCAUUGCCCACCCCCUUGGUGCCCAGCUCUCGCAGAGGGGACUUUUCUAUUUUUGCAAAAUAAAGUGAUGGAAACUCA